UGCUUGUUGUUUCCGCUCUCCUUCUUUUAUGAUAUCUUCGACGUCAUUUCUGUUUAUUUUCCUGAUCAACAUUCAGAUUUGGUAAAUGGUGUUUUGUUUUGUUUUGUUGUUGCUAUCUUUUUAGAUUUAUUUUGGAAAGACGUUACACAGCAUUGAUAUGAAUUGAAAAGCUGAAUCUUUCAAAAGGUUAAAACAUUGAGUUGAUGAAACAUGACAAGAUGGAAGAAAAAUUUGCUGGGAAUACAUCAGAAGCCACACCUCACCACAUUGAUUCCCCACCUUUAAUGGUCAGCCAACCUUCACCACAAGAAGAACAAAGAGUAACUUCCUCGUCCGAUAGGCUGCCGUAUGUUGUCGCCUGCUCUCCUCAUCAACAAAGGGUUAGUUCUACUACAGAUCAAAGAAAAUCCGAAGGCGCCAAACCUCAGAGUUUGUUAAUGUUAUUACUUGAAACCAAUGAAGCAGAAGCAAUGAAAAAAGAAACUGCAACAUUUCACCUUGAACCUGAACCCGAAAAUCAACCAGAACCAAAUAUAUAAUCUUAGCCUACGCCUCGUCGAAUACUAGAAUCGCCUCUUUUAAUUCUUCAUCAGAGGUUCAAAGAGCAUUGAUUCAAGAAAUCUAAACAGCAACUGUAAGUGCGUUGAUCUAACUAAAAUUUAGACCUGGCAAUAUUCAAGAUAUAACUGGAAGUGGCCAAACAGGAUUUUUUCAAAGCAUCACCAAUGGAACUGUCAAAGUAUCAUUAGAGAGAGAUUUGGUUUGAAUGCACAAUUUGUUCUAAAUGGCGUCUCAUCAUUAUCACAAUUUUUCCCAGAACAAUUUAAUUUAGAAAUCGAUAUAUAUCUUGCAGGAUCUUAUUCCCCCGAUGUGCAAAGAAGAAGUACUCGAAAAACUGUGAUAAAAGAUGCUGAUUUGGGAAAUGGUUUACAACUAUGGACAAGAGCUGCUACUGGGGAGAAAAAUAGUUCAAGAACCAGUAUCAUUGGAAUGUUACAACAGAAAAUGAAUCAUUUUAAGCAAAAAAUGGCAGCUCCGGCAUGAAAAAAUAUCAGUAUGGAUACAUUUCCAAUAGAAUACCAGAUACUGUAAAAUCACUUAAAGAUAAAAAAAUACGAAUGAACUGCAGCAUUUCAUUCCGAAAAUAAGUACUCCGUUUUUCAUCCUGAUAGAUUUCAGAAACAGAACUGCAUGCUCUAAGUCUGUUACCAAAAUGAUAAUUCAAGAAACUUAUCAGAUAUGAUAAUUCAAGAAACUGAUUUGACGUUUCUGAAAUGGAAUAAUCAUAAUUAAAUGUCUGAAGAAAAAAAACCUUCAUUAAAAACCAUGAGAGUUUUUAAUUUGCAUAUCAGA